AUGGAGGAGCCAGAGGAAUCAGAUACGGAAGAUCAAACCGACAACAUCCAAAGCAGUGAUAUUUACAAAGUACAACCGAAUCGUGACAGAUCCCUUAAAUCCCUUGCGUUGAGUAUACUAAAAUAUCUCCCAGAAGAUAUUCUUCGUGAAGAACCAGACUUUUCAUCUAUUAAAUCCAAUGAUACUAUCCAGGAUUGUGAGGUAUGUCAAGAAUGUGAUAAGCCUAUUUUAACAGAAGACCCACCUAGGUCGCUCGUUAUAAAUGUUUGUGGCGAUAUGAUCCAUCGGACUUGUGCGGGAAAACCUGAUAAGAGGGGAGUAUUAUUAUGCUCAUGUGGUGUGGCCGAUGAUAAAGAUCCGUCAUUACCUUCAGAAGAAGAAAUGGACGUGAACGGGGAAGAAGAAUCAGCUCGGUCAGAUUCUAACAGUGGAGGGAAGAAACGGGCUAAUGAAGAUACAGAUUCUUCAGCCAGCAAGAAAUCUAAGAAAUAUAUUCAACCGGAAGACUCUAACAUUUUAAAAAAGCUUAUCCGGGAGUUAUCUUCCGACACUACUCACCUUUCGGAAAUUAAAGAAAAGAAAGGACUCCAUAGAGAGGCUGUACGUGAAGUUAAGAGUGAUCGAACCCUUUUUGACCUAUAUUUAAAAAUAUCCAAUGCUGAGGAGAGAAGUGAAAAAGCGCGUAAUGAAGUGAUAUUCGCAUACUACUACUUUGGGGAGGAGUUAGAGAAACGUCUCGCUCACUAUAGGAAAACUAAUAACGAGGAACAUGAAGCAAAAAAGAAGCUCUAUGAUGCGGUUAAAGAUCAGCUUCCUAAAGAGGUUACAAGAAGUGCUGUCCGAAAGAAAUCAGACAGGGCGGGAAAGGUUUAUGAUCUUUUUUUUCGUAUUAGCGAUGAUAAGACUCAACGGUUGCUGUUCAUCCAACGAAUAAAGUCAAUUUCAGCUACAUCUAUUUCAAAAUUAAGUGAUGAUGAUAUCAAAUACGUUGCAUCUCAAGUUAGGAAGAAUACUAGACAAAAUUAG